GUUCCCUCGCCUGUCUUUCCUACUUCCUUUCGCUUUGCACAGGCUCCAAGUCCAUAACUAUACAGGUGCGCAAUGUCACGCCCGGAUCUAGCUACCCCGCUGCUUUCAGACUCGCCACCAGUAGGCAGCACUAGACGAGCAACCCUCAAGCUAUCAGAGAAACAGCGCAGCGAUAGUAUAUCGCGUCAGGCCUCCAUCGGCCAGGACAUUCACACCCCGCGCCAUGAUAAAGCCCACUCAACCCUACACCCCCCGCUUGCCAAUCUACCGGCCCUAGACGAAUACAUCAAGAGCGAGCCAAGCAAUCUUGUUCAGGUCGUACCGGCGAUAGGCCACUUCCUCGAGGAAUUCUGUUUGGCCAACCCAGACUCUUGUGCUGAAGUGUGGGAGAAGCUAAGAGAACUCAUUGCAGAAGUUCAAACAAAGAACGACCCAAAGGAGCCCCCACGGCCGCCGUCCCCGGUGUGUCAGCGGAAGCCAGAAAAGUCCGUCAACAUUCACGGAGAGACGUGGGAAGAUGACUAUGGAUGGCUGACUGACCGUGAGAACCCUGAGGUGCUGGACUACAUCCAGAGGGAGAAUGACUACGCGUCGACAGUACUUGAGCACACGAAGCCUUUGCAAAAACUCCUGUACAAGGAGUUUGUGUCGCGUAUUGAUGAAGAGGAGCAUUCAGCUCAUGUCACAAUGCAAGAUGGCUGGACUUACUACAGGAAGAAGUCAGCGGGACAAGAGUAUCACAUUCAUUGCCGAUCAAAAGAGGAUGCAGGAGAGGAGGUAUACCUCGACGAGAACGUACUCGCAAACUCACCGGAAUUUGUUGAUGCGUCAUACUUCCGAGUGGGUUUCCUGAAACACUCGCCUGAUGGCAAACUGAUCGCGUACGGUAUCGACUCCACCGGAAAUGAGAGGCAGACGACGUACUUCAUGGACAUGGAAAGCAGGACGUUGCUUCCUGAUCGAAUAGAAGGAGUAUACGAGGAUUUGGAAUUCGCGCAUGACAAUAGCGUAUUCUACACAAUUUUGGAUGAUACUGAACGGGCGUACAAGUUCUUGCGGCACAAGCUGGGCACGAAAGUAGAAGAUGAUGAGCUCUUGUACCAUGAAGAGGACGAGAUGUUUUUCCUUUCCAUGACAAAGACCUGCAACGGUCGAUUCAUUCUUCUCAAUACGGCCGCGCAAGUUACCUCAGAGACGCGUAUCAUAUCUACAAGGGAACCGGAUCUGAAGCCCAUGUUGCUUUUCCCACGGCGGGAGAACAUACAAUACAUGUGCGAGAACCACGGAGCAUACUUUUACGUCUUGACAAACGAAGACUCAAAAAACAACUGGCUCUUCCGCAUUCCGCUACCGAAAGCUGGCUCGCCAACCUCGGCCUCAAUCGAGGAACUGGUCGAUUCACGCGAAACCGUCAUCGAGCACCGCGAUUUCGUGCUCAUCGAAACCUUCGAGAUGCGGCGAAACCGCCUCAUCGUAUUCGAACGAUCGAAUUGUUUGCAGAAUGUUCGUAUUGUGGAUCUCUCGAAUGACGGGUUCAACUCCUACCACUACAUCAGUUUCGGCGAGAUGGUCUACUCCCUCUGGCCUGGGACUGUGAGAGAGGAGGAGCGCGCGAUGGCAAAGGCGUCGCAGUUUGACACCAACAUCUUUCGUUUCACGUACACGUCUUUCGUGCAGCCGAAGCAGGUUGUGGACUACAAUAUGGAUGAUCGGACCAUGACGGUGGUGUAUGAGGAACAUAUUGGCGGGUACGACCGAUCGAUGUAUUCGUCCCGGCGUUUGUUUGCGACUAGCGUUGACGGGACGGCGGUUCCCAUCUCUAUCGUGUACCGGCGUGACUUGGUCGGACAGAACAUGGAUCCACCGGAACCGAACCCAUGUCUCUUGCACGCGUACGGUGCAUACGGGGCGUUUGUCAACCCAAUCUUCUCCGCGUCUCGAUUGUCACUUCUGGAUCGAGGAUUUAUUUACGCAGCCGCGCACGUCCGCGGUGGAGCCGACAUGGGCAAAGGAUGGUACGAAGAAGGCAAACUGGCCAAGAAGCCCAACACCUUCCUCGACUUUUGUGCCGUUGCCGAGUACCUCUGCAAAGAAGGGUACACGAGCCCAUCGAAACUAGGCAUAUACGGACGCUCAGCUGGCGGCCUGCUCAUCGGCGCCGUCAUCAACAUGCGCCCGGAUCUUUUCGCGGCGGCUCUCACCGAGGUGCCGUUUGUCGAUGUGAUCAAUACCAUGUUCGACAGCAGCAUACCGUGGACGGCGUUCGAGUGGGAGGAGUGGGGCAAUCCCACUGACAAGGACAUCUAUGAUGUGAUGAAGAUGUACUGUCCUUACACCAACAUCCGCGGGCAAGCGUUGGCCAACAACGCGUACCCACACCUCCUCGUCGUCGGCGGCAUGAACGAUCCCCGAGUAGCAUUCUUCGAACCCCUUAAAUUCGUCGCCAAGAUGCGCGGCGAGAAACGGCGCUGGAAAAACAUCCUCAAAUCCAGCCAAAAGGACAAAUCCCGCAUCGCGACCCUAAGCGAAGGCGACGAAGAGACCAACAACGCCUCGACACCAGGCGGCACAUCCCGCAAGAACCCGGCCUACCUCUCCCUCCCCGCCAUGGCCGGCGGCACAUCCAACGACGCUGACGUCCCCCCCAAACCCACCCACUCCAAUCUCCUCCUCCGCAUCGAAGACGCCGGGCACGGCGGCAGCUCCGGGCAAUACUCCUUCCUCGAGAACUUAGCGUACGAGUACGCGUUCAUCAUCACCUCGCUCAACGCGCCGGGCACGGAAACGGCGCCCUCGUCCCUGGCGUCGUUUGGGAGUGCGGAGGAGGAUGAGGCGAUGUACUGGGCGGCGGAUGGGGAGGCUGUGCAGAAUGGGAUGGAACGGAGGAGGAAGAAGAUGAAUAGGAGGGGGUUGGAGAUGACGGAUAUUGAUGAGAAAGAGUAUCGGCGGAAAAAUAAAGGGGAUCGGGGGCCUAGUGAUCUUUUUCAGGUGCGUUCAACUGCUUUCAGGCUGGCAGGUAACCAUUUGCAUCUUGCACACGCUAACGACACUGAUAAAUGUUUUUUCUUUCGACAACUGCAGUGGGUGACAAACUUCUUCUAGCGACGUGUAGUCGUCGACAUGCGUCAAAAUACCCAAGCCCGGCCAUUUUGGGCAUAAGAGUGUCCCGCUACCGUGAGCGCGAUUAAUUUUUGUAAGACGAUCUUGAUUCACUAUGCUCAUGUCCUGCUGUCGAUGCACUGCUUCUUGUAUUGGCAAUUGAGUUCGGUAACAGGGGGUUCAAAUCAACCCACAUUUCGUUGACCUUGUCACAUUUCAUGAGUUGACAGU